UAUUAUUAUUCAUAUAUCGGCGAUGAGUUUGAAAACACACAUACAUACAUCUCUACAUUAAAGUGGCAACGUAAAAAAGUUCUUUCAUUCCAAAUAACCAAUUUUUGGUAAUAUUUCACAGGAAAAUUUAAAAUGUCCAUUUCUUUACUCUACAUUAUUUUAUUACCUUUAGUAUUUUAUCUCAUAAAUAAGAUACAUGCAUUAUACAUUUAUGUCAAAAACUAUGUAAUUGUGCAAAAGUUACCAGGACCUGCCAGAGGUGGCAUCAUAAUGGGGAAUAUAGGAGGCUUUGGAAACACGGCAGAAGCGGUGUUUGAAAGCGUCACUCAAGCUGCAAAAGAAUUUUAUCCAAUUUAUUCGGUAUAUGCAGUACAUUUAACUUCAGUCUGCAUUCUCUCGCCAGAAGAUUGUGAGUUAGUACUCUCUAAUCAAAUUCACAACGAAAAAGGAUUUAUUUACAAACUAAUUCAAAAAUGGUUACAAUUUGGACUUUUAACUAGCUUUGGAGCGAAAUGGCAAACUAGAAGAAGAAUUCUAACACCAGCUUUCCACUUCAGUAUUCUUCAACAGUUUGUUUCGGUUUUUAACGAACAAGCAGAACAGCUCCUAGAAACACUGAGUGAAGAAUGUAGCAAAUCAUACGUUAAAGUGAAUUCCGUUUUAGCACAGUUCACCUUAAAAACAAUAUCUGAAACAGCGAUGGGUAUCAAACUCGAGUUUAAAAAUAAAAAAGAUCAAGCUUAUAAAAAAGCGGUUCAUGAUAUAGGCGAAAUGUUUGCUUAUAGAGCCAUACAUCCAUGGUGUUUCGAAGAGAUUGGUAAUCUUUUAUUCAACUCUGCAUUCUUUAAAGAACGUAAGACUGUAAAAAUUUUGCACGAAUUUACUAGAGAGGUGAUUGAGGAGAAAGAGAAAAACUUCGUCGACACUGAUUUACCGAAAGAAGAACAUGACGUGUACAAGGGAAAAAAGAGGUUGGCUAUGUUAGAUCUCCUACUAUCGGCCAAAAAAAAUGAAGGAAUUAUUGAUAACGAGGGUAUCAGAGAAGAAGUUGACACUUUUAUGUUUGAAGGACAUGAUACAACAACUACGGCUCUAAGUUUCAUGUUGAUGCUUCUAGCCAAUAAUAAAGAUGUGCAAGAACGCAUCUACUCCGAAUUGGUUGAAAUUCUUGGAGACUUAAAUAAAAAACCGACUUACAACGAACUGCAAAAUCUAAAAUAUUUGGAGCGUUGCAUUAAAGAGAGUCUUCGGUUGUAUCCUAGCGUCUAUUUCAUUUCUAGAAAUUUAGGAGAAGAUUUAAAAACGGCAAGUGGAUAUUUACUUCCCAAGGGCACUCAAGUAUUUGUGCACAUUUAUGCAAUGCAUCGAAAUCCCGAUCUUUAUCCUGAUCCUGAAAAAUUUGAUCCUGACAGAUUUCUGCCAGAGAAUUGUCAACACAGACAUCCUUACGCAUAUAUUCCGUUCAGUGCGGGAUCACGAAAUUGCAUUGGACAAAAAUUUGCCAUUUUGGAGAUGAAGGUUGUUCUGUGCGCCAUUUUGAGAAAAUUUUUCUUAGAACCAGUUGAUACUCCACAAUCUAUUGUCCCUAUUAUAGACAUUAUUCUAAGAACUAAGGAUGAGAUUAAAGUAAAAUUUGUUCCGCGUGGGAAUAAUAACAACACCGUCACCAAUACUCGUGAUAAAAGUGUCCAAACGGGUCAGUCGGUGGAAGGAAAUCUUGUUAUACGUUUUCAAAAAUACCCGUAUUGGAAAAUAGAUAAUGAAUACCGUAUUACAAGUAAAUCUUAUUAUUGUGUUUAUCCUACUGGACCACCCAGCUAUGGAAUAAUCAAGGGAAACGUGCCAUACCUGGGAGACUCUCCAGAGGUGUUGUUUCAACAAGUAAGGCAAGCAGCAAAAGAAUUUUAUCCAGUGUUCAGAUUUUACGUAGCACAUAAAAUAAGUGUCCAUCUUGUAACUCACCAGGAUUGUGAAUUGGUUAUGUCCAAUCCCGUUCACAACGAAAAAGGAUAUGUCUACAAAAUGACACAUAAGUGGUUAAAGUUCGGUCUUCUGACCAGUUUCGGAGAGAAGUGGCACAUCAGAAGAAAAAUUUUAACACCAGCGUUUCAUUUCAACAUUCUUCAGGGAUUUGUCUCGGUUUUCAACGAACAAACGGAGCAACUUAUAGAUGCCUUGAAAGAUGAAUCCAAGAAAUCUUACGUCGAGAUAAAUUCUCUGAUAACACAGUUCACUUUAAAAACGAUUAUAGAGACGGCAAUGGGUACUAAAUUCAAUUUCCAACGUAAAGACGAACGCAACUACGAGAAAGCGCUUCACGACAUGGGUAAAAUCUUUUACCACAAAUUUACCCAUCCGUGGUGCAUCGAAGAAAUCGGAAACUUCCUAUUUUCUCCUUUCUUUUUCGAAGAAAGAAAAAAUACAAAAACGAUGCACCAGUUUACGAAAGAAGUGAUUCAAGAGAAAGAAAAAUCAUUCAAUGACGAAGAAGCGGCAGAAGAGCACAGUGUUUACAAAGGGAAAAAACGUAGAGCCAUGUUAGAUCUUCUGCUGUCUGCUAAAAAGAACGAAAGCAUCAUUGACGACAACGGUAUCCAGGAAGAAGUUGACACUUUUAUGUUUGAAGGACACGACACGACAGCUACGGCUCUAAGUUUUAUGUUGAUACUUCUAGCUAACAACGAAAAUGUCCAACGUUGCGCGUACCAAGAAAUCGUCGAAAUUCUUGGAAACUCGAAUAAGAAACCAACUUAUGACAAUCUACAAAAUUUGAAAUAUAUGGAACGCUGUAUCAAGGAGAGUCUUCGAUUGUAUCCCAGCGUCUAUUUUAUCUCGAGAAUUUUAGGUGAAGAUCUAAGGCUCACGAAUGGAUAUCUACUACCAAAAAGUACUGAUGUUUUUAUACACAUUUACGAUGUUCAUCGCAAUCCUGACGUUUAUCCUGAUCCUGAAAGAUUUGACCCCGACAGAUUCCUGCCCGAAAAUUGCCAAAACAGACAUCCUUACGCAUAUUUGCCUUUUAGUGCCGGACCGAGAAAUUGCAUAGGACAAAAGUUCGCCAUCUUGGAACUGAAAGCUGCACUGUGUGCGAUUUUAAGUAAUUUUGUACUAGAGCCAAUCGACACCCAAGAAAGUAUCAAACUUGUGGCCGAUAUUGUACUCAGAACGAAAGAAGAUAUUAAAGUAAAAUUCAUGCCGCGCGUUUGAA